GCCCCGGGAAGCAGAGGGGACAGAGCCCCGGGAAGCGGAGGGGACACAGCCCCGGGAAGCAGAGGGGACAGAGCCCCGGGAAGCAGAGGGGACAAAACCCCGGGAAGCGGAGGGGACAAAGCCCCGGGAAGCGGAGGGGACAAAGCCCCGGGAAGCAGAGGGGACAGAGCCCCGGGAAGCGGAGGGGACAGAGCUCGGGGAAGCAGAGGGGACAGAUCCCCGGGAAGCAGAGGGGACACAGCCCCGGGAAGCGGAGGGGACAGAGCCCCGGGAAGCGGAGGGGACAGCGCCAUCGAGGACAGAGCCCGGAGAGGAUCAAGGACAGGCGGUCCCAGAGGGAGCAGAGCCCGAAGACGCUGUCGCGACAGCCCCGUCCGGGACAGGUCCCGAGGAAGCCCCGGUGGGGACAGUCCCUGAAGAUGCGGUGCAGGAGGCAGCCCCGGCGGGGACAGAGCACGGAGAGGCCGCAGUGACAACCCCAGAGGGGACAGUCCCCGAGGAUGAAGAGCGGGAGGCAGCCCCGGCUGGGACAGUCCCCGAAAAUGCGGUGCAGGAGGCAGCCCCGGCUGGGACAGUCCCCCAGGAGGCGUUGGGGACAAACCCCGAGGGUGCUGUGCAGGAGGCAGCCCCGGCUGAUGUGAGAGUCCCCGAGGAGGUUUUGGGGACAGUCCCCAAGGAUCCGGUGCGAGAGGCGGUCCCGGCUGAUGUGACAGUGCCCGGGGAGGUUUUAGGGACAAUCCCUAAGGAUGCGGUGCGGGAGGCAGCCCAGGCUGAUGUGACAGUCCCUGAGGAAGUUUUAGGGACAAUCCCUAAGAAUGCGGUGCAGGAGGCGGUCCCGGCUGAUGUGACAAUCCCCAAGGAGGUUUUAGGGACAGUCCCCGAGGAGGUUUUGGGGACAAUCCCCAAGGAUGAGGCGCAGGACGCAGCCCCGGCAGGGACGGUCCCCGAGGAAGUUUUAGGGACAAUCCCUAAGGAUGCGGUGCGGGAGGCAGCCCCGCAUGAUGUGACAGUCCCCGAGAAUGCGGUGCAGGAGGUGGUCCCGGCUGAUGUGACAGUUCCCGAGGAGGUUUUGGGGACAGUCCCCAAGGAUGCGGUGCAGGGGGAGGUCCCGGCUGAUGCGACAGUCCCCGAGGAGGUUUUAGGGACAGUCCCCGGGCAGGUUUUAGGGACAGUCCCCGAGGAGGUUUUAGGGACAAUCCCCAAGGAUGCGGUGCAGGACGCAGCCCCGGCAGGGACAAUCCCCGAGGAGGUUUUAGGGACAGUCCCCGAGGGGGUUUUAGGGACAGUCCCCAAGGAAGAUUUAGGGACAAUCCCUAAGGAUUCGGUGCGGGAGACAGCUCCAGCAGGGACAGUGCCCGAGGAGGUUUUAGGGACAAUCCCCAAGGAAGUUUUAGGGACAGUCCCCAAGGAAGUUUUAGGGACAAACCCCGAGGAUGCGGUGCGGGAGGCAGCCCCGGCUGGUGUGACAGUCCCCAAGGAAGUUUUAGGGACAAUCCCCAAGGAUGAGGCGCAGGACGCAGCCCCGGCAGGGACAGUCCCCGAGGAGGUUUUAGGGACAGUCCCCGAGGAGGUUUUGGGGACAGUCCCCGAGGAUGCUCUGCAGGCGGAGCGGGCACCGCCAGCCCUGGCGGGGACAGGAGCCCCGGGAGCCGCGGCCAGCGGGACCCCGAGCCCCGGGAGCGGCCGGGAGCGGAGCCUGAACGGGGAGCGGCACCGGGAGCGGCACCGGGAGCGGCACCGGGAGGACGGGACGGGCUCACCGGGAGCCCCGGAGGAGGAAGAGGAGGAGGAGGAGGAGGAGGAGGACCACGACAUCUCCCUCUUCGUCAAGGCUGGCAGUGAUGGGGAAAGUAUUGGGAACUGCCCUUUCUCUCAGCGCCUCUUUAUGAUCCUGUGGCUCAAAGGGGUCAUAUUCAAUGUCACAACCGUGGAUCUGAAAAGAAAACCUGCAGACCUGCAGAACCUGGCCCCGGGCACCAACCCCCCGUUCAUGACCUUCGAUGGGGAAGUGAAGACCGAUGUCAACAAGAUCGAGGAAUUCUUGGAGGAGAAGUUGGCACCGCCCCGGUAUCCCAGACUUGCACCGAAGCACCCCGAGUCGAACUCCGCAGGAAAUGAUGUCUUUGCAAAAUUCUCUGCAUUUAUAAAGAACCCGAGAAAAGAUGCAAAUGAAAAUUUGGAAAAAUCUUUGCUUAAAGCCCUGAAGAAGCUGGACAACUAUUUAAAUAGCCCCUUGCCUGAUGAAAUGGAUGCUUACAGCACGGAGGAGAUCACUGCUUCCAGCCGCAAGUUCCUGGAUGGAGAUGAGCUCACUCUGGCAGAUUGCAACCUCCUACCAAAGCUCCACAUAAUCAAGGUCGUUGCAAAAAAAUACCGAAAUUUUCACUUCCCACCUGAAAUGACAGGGAUUUCGAGAUACUUGAAAAAUGCAUAUGCAAGAGAUGAAUUUACAAACACGUGCCCUGCUGACCAGGAGAUUGAAUAUGCUUAUUUGGAUGUGGCAAAGAGAAUGAAGUAACCAGAAGAUGCCUCUGUUUGUUGCUUCUGUGAUGGGCAACAGCCAAGCUGGAAAAGCAAAAACCAGCAGAGAUUUGUGGUGUGAUUUUAAGUUCUGCUAUUGGCCAAUCCUUUUAUAAUGAUUGUAUUGCAAUAUUUACUCCUUUUUAAAUUA